CAAGAGAAGAAGAAGAGCUCGAAAAUGGGAACCAUCUCCUUCUUCGUCCCCGCUUCUCCUCCCAUCCUCACUCUCCGCUCCUCCCAUCCCAAGGUCCAACCUUUCCUCAAAAACCCAUCUCCAUGCCUCCGUCUCACCUUCCCCCUCGCCAGCAACCGCCGCCCGAGACGGGAGUUCAUCGUUCGAUCUGAUGAUGGCGAUGUGGACUCCGGCGGAGGCGAUGACUAUGACAUUGAUGCCGAUGUCGAUGAGGUGGAGGAGCUUGACAACAAGAAGGACUACGACGUCGAGUACGACCGCCUUCUCGGGUUCCCUCCCCCGCGGGGUUCCGUCGAUGCCGGCGAUGCCUCGCCGGAUGAUAUCCAGAUGGUGCACAGCGAUAGCUUUGUUUUCACUCAGGGAUGGGACUUCGAGACCGUCGUUGAUUAUCGCAUCAACGAAGACGAGUUCCACAAGAUUAGUCUUCUCCACUGUGAUUUCUUCAUUAGAAAGCCCCCAGAUCCUGAUGAGAGUGUGUAUGAUUUCCGUGAGAUGUAUGUCACUCCUCCGGACACCGAUGUUUACUCCAUUCCAACGGUUCUUGCUCCAAUGCCUCAGAAAUACAUUCGUUGUUCAAAAAGUGAUUAUGGUUGCUACAAUGUGACUGAACCGCCCAUAGAUGCGCCUCGUGAUCCAUUGUACAAGACUGAGAGAGAGAUAUCGAAGGUCUUUUUGACAAAGCAUUAUAGAAACAGGAGAAUAAACGAUCCGGAGUUUGUUCUUGAUUUUGAAGAAAUCUAUGUUAUUGAUUCAAAGACAAAAUCCAUCACAAGAGCUAAAGUUAUUGUCACUAUUCCUGAUGGUAGAAAACGAGAUAGACGGAAUGACUUGUUGAUCAUUCGUGACAACGGAACUUUCUUCAAAAUAGUCGAUAAGAGUGAAAGGGAAGAACCAGAUGCUGUAAUUGAGAGGGAGGAAUGGAUUGAGACAAGAGAAGAGUUGGAAAGACAUCUUAGAAAGCUCCGUGAUUUUCAUGUUUCAAACUGGUUUUGAUCAAAGCUCUAAAAAGCAUUCUAAAUACUUGUUUGUUCCUUGUUGUAAUAUUUAGUUUUCUCACCCGUAUUGACUGGCAGUCAAAAGUUUUGUAGCUGUUUUUUUUAACAUUUAUGUAGUUUGUAUUGCUUGGAAGUUGGAAGAGUAAAGCACUUGCAAGUUGAUGUGAA